UACGGGUGUGCGCUGCCACUCUAACAAUUCAAGGUCACUCGUGAGUUAAGAAUAGUACCACCGCAGUGUCCAGGUGACUCAGUCGGAUGUAACGUUGCUGUGAUAUUCAAGUUGUUUUUGUGUGGAAAUCGAAAAAUUUUUUUAUCGUAUCGGUUACAGUUGUUGAUUCCUUGUGUUUGUGUUGGUUGUGACAUAUUUUGUGGGAAACGUUCACUUUGGAUUGACUGAUGCAUAUUCCUGAUACUACUUGAAUGGCAUCUUGUACUCGAAGAAUGUUAUAAACAUCUGGAGCAGACCAUCUGCGAUAUAAUCAAAGAGCUAGUACUGAUGGCUUCGAGAGUCCGAAAAAGCCGCAAUAUCCGGCCCGCAGAUCAUCCCUGGUGCAAACAAUGAUGCCCUCCAAGUCGACUCCGAACUUGAGGGAAACUAACAAACCAUCAUCAGGCUCCGUGUAUUCCUACUUGCAGAACCAAUCAGGGCUGAACUUCGCGCCGGUCAGCGUGAACGAUCGGCCCACGAGAAAUGACGAGUCUCCACCACCAGCGCCACCUGUUAGAGAUUCAUCCACCCUCAAGUCUAUCAAGUACGGGGCUGGACACGAAAAGUUCCCUUCUUGGCCGGUACCCGCCGCUGCUGAAACCCCACAGGCUCUUCGAAAUCAGAACACAGGUGGGUCUCAUAGAUCAAAAUCAUGGACGGAUCAUACCAACUAUCCUAAGGAGAAGGUAGUGGCUUAUACCAGGCCGUACAUGAAAAGACAGCACUCUGUCUAUACGCAACAGAAACUCAAAACUGUGAUGGAAAAGUGUGAAAAAAUCCCACCGGAAACGUUUGAAACUCGUUACGAUAAGAUGAACGAGAGACUAUUCUUGCCAAAAGUGGAUCACGACGGUAAAUCGCUGGGCGACAUGGAUUACGUUGUACCUUCCCCACCUGAGAGAGAUAUUUCAGCUAAACCGCAAUUGACACAAUCAGACCUUGAAGAAUACGCUAGGUCUUAUCAAGAACCCAAGUUCUGCGAAGAUAACAUCAAGCCGAGCCAUGGACACCUGACCGAAUCAGGCUUGGAGGAGUUCAUGGAAUACACCCGAAACUACGAAGAUUCCCUGUACAGUUCGAUGAACUCCAAACACGAAGGAAGUAUGCUAACUCACCUCCACCAGAAGCAAAUUUCCUACGCCCAAUCCGAAGGCUAUCACAGCUACGUAUCCAGCACAGACUCCACUUCAACCCCGUUCCUAGAUCGGUUGCGGAGGGACAGCGAAGCAGCCGUAAGCAGACCCAUGUCCUCGGCCACGUGGGACGAACUGACCCCUGAGGAGCCCAGUUUGCAACGCGAGGGGAGAGACAGUGUUGUGACCACCAGUUCUGGAAGUGCUUCGUCCAGUGAAACUCUCAAGUGGCACGGUUCGAUGAGUGAUGUUUCCGUGACUUCGCUCAGUAGUUCGCAUCUCGCCAACUCGAGCAAUUCUUCCAGACAGCUCAUAGUGCACAGUGCCCGUGUUCAGACUCCGCAGAGGCAUCAGUCCGAAAGCAUCCUGUACAUGGGCGGGGAGAAGGAAAGCGGCAACUGGAAGGAUAGGGAACACAGGAACAAUAAUGUGAAUAAACUCAAGUUGUUUCCUUUGAACACUUAUACGGUACAAGAAAGUGAGAAUCAACCGAGUGGUACCAGCAACACGUCUAGUAAUAGGUUGUCCUUGUCACUACAAUCCGCUCUCUCCGUAGCAGACCGGAUAAGCGAGUUGGAAAAACAACAGAAAUACUCCUACCUGGACCCGGAAAAGAAACACAAAGUACCCGAUCCAACACUGAAAGCCAUCCAGAAAAAAGCCCUCCUCUCCUUCUACGAAAGACACAACUCGAACAACAAAAGCGCCUGGAGAUCCGAGCCUCAACUUGCCCAAGCACCCCUGAGUGUACCUCCUCCCCCUCCAAAAGUGAAAGUACAAAUGCCGUCACGACGCGCUUCGUCUGCGUCGGACUACGCUUCAGGCAACAACUCGAAGAGAAGCAGCUUCGCCUCCAGUUUGGAAUCGAAACCAACGGAGGGUUUCAGCAAGACGGUUCCGCGACAUCAGCAUAGCAACUCCUGCGGGAGUUUGUCCACGGAGAUGUUGGGGCCAAUGAUAGUAGGUCCGGCGAUAUCCGUGGACGAUUGGGUGCCGGAUAAUCCUCCAGCUAGACCUCCCAAGAACCCACAUUUGCGAACCGCGUUUCCGGAUCUCUUCCAGAACCAGAGAGUACCUAGCCCGGACUUGCCGCCUCCCUCUCCACCUACCGUUGUGGAAGACGAGGUUAUUGCUAACGACGACCCGCUGCCUCCGCCACCGCCAGAAUGUGAAGCUGGUUUUCGGGAGGAGUUCAACGACAGGUUGAAAGGGAGUAGUACUAGCCACCAAGUACCCGCUCCGCAAGUUCAGCGGACCAAGAAAGAGUCGAAGGUGAUUCAACAAACUGUAGGUCUACCUGAAGGUGAUCUCAGGCAAUACAGCGUUAGGUCUUCAAUCAAAACAAAAUCAGGGGAACAAAUAUUCCACCAAGUCAGCAGCAAACCGUAUAACUCCUCAGUCCAAGCCGAAAAACCUAGUAAACCUGAACAAGUCUUAGGUUUUCCGAAUCAAAGGGGAUACCAGGAGAGAUCCAGCACCAGAUACCCCACGGCCCAGAAGCUCAUUCUGAAUGGGAGCGUCGCCAAUGGAGUUUCGGAUCAGUACCGGCCCGAACCUUUACGACCACAUAACCGGGAGGAAAUAAAAAAGCAGCCUGCUCCGUUUCCAACUGAGACUCAUCGGGCGCAUAGAGCAUCCAUUGCUGAAAGUCAGAUCAAUGAAGCACCACCACCAUUGCAACCUAGACAAAUGAGAGUCAAUCAAUCCAUGAGGGCAAGGAUUUCACAGGAUAGAACUGGUUCAUCGUCGAGGGGGUCAGCAAAUAAGGAAGGAGUUAGAGAGCACAGAUCGGCAUCAAUGUAAGUACACUAAAAUAAUAAUAAUACCAGUUUAUUUCAUUCAAUAAGGUAGUACACAUUGAUACAAAUGGGUUAAAUGUACACUAUGAAAAAAUUAUUGUGAAAG